UGUGUAUAUUAUCAUCGAAUUAUUAGCCAAUGACGUGCCUUUAAUUUAGUUAGGGAACUUGGUUUACUGUUUAUUCCAGUGCUCUCUUGAAGGAGGAGGAAGCUUCAAAGGUUUGAAGAGCAAAAUCCAAAUUAAUCCAGCAAAAUGAGGAUUUACAAAGACAUUUUUACUGGUGACGAAAUGUUCUCAGACUCCUAUAAAAUGAAAUUAGUGGACGAAGUCAUUUAUGAAGUUUACGGAAAAUUAGUUCAACGUAAACAAGGAGACAUUCAAAUUGAUGGAGCUAAUCCUUCCGCUGAAGAAGUUGAUGAGGGCACUGAGGUUAAUGUUGAAUCUGGUGUUGAUAUCGUUUUAAAUCACAGGUUGUGCGAAACUUACGCUUUUGGAGACAAGAAAUCUUACACUCUUUACCUUAAGGACUAUAUGAAAAAAUUAGUUGAAAAAUUACAAGAAAAAUCACCAGACCAAGUAGAUAUUUUUAAAACAAAUAUGAACAAAGUAAUGAAAGAUAUCCUAGGAAGGUUUAAAGAGCUCCAAUUUUUCACUGGAGAAUCCAUGGAAAUUGAAGGCAUGGUAGGCUUAAUGGAAUACAGAGAUAUCGAUGGAGAUUCUGUACCAGUAAUGAUGUUCUUUAAACAUGGACUGGAAGAAGAAAAGUUUUAGUGUCUUUUAAAUUAUUGCUAUAUUGUUAUUUAAUUUAUACUCGAACUUUUAAAGUAUAUACCAUUAACAGCAAAUUUUAAUUUAUCAGUUUUCUUUUUCCAUUUAAUUAAUUGUCUGUUGUGAGAAUGUUUAUACGCCUGUGAAAUAAAUUGAUUUUGCUAUAUAACAGCUGAUCUGUUUUUAUUUAAAGAUUGCUUUUUUAUUUCAUUUUAAAUUGUAUUAAUAAAUAACUUAUUUA